AUGAAUCCAGCCUCCCCAUCUUUUGUACAGAGCAGUCCUGCUGUUAAAACGGCAGGGGAGGUCGUACAAACACCAACAAAUGUAUCAUCUCAAAAACCUUCAUUCCGAGAAAAGUUUCGUUUAUCCUCUCCUGCUCUCUCCCCGAUCGGACCUCAAACAGCCGCUGUUGAAAAGAGUAAUUUGGAAACUGGAGAAAGAGGAUCAAGUCCAUCCAGUCAUUUGAUUCAAAUCAAUUCAUCCAAAAAUCAAAGGCCAUUGUCCUUAAAUUUAAAGGAACUAAUGAUCAGCAAAAAGGAGAAAUCACAGACUGACAGCAUUAAACAACAAGCAUUUUCGAUGGAUAUACAGGAAAUUUCUCCACAGGAUGGAUCAAUCUCUCUGAUAGAUUCAUCAUCAAAUCGAAAUGAACAAACCCAACAUGUAAUACAAGACCCAGUGAUUGAUAUUUCCUCCUCAAACUCUGAGGACGAUAUUAAACAAGAGGAUGUGGAUGAACUUCAAGAACAACUCGACCGAAUCCUGAAUAAACGAAAAGAAAGAGAAGAGGUGUUAAAAGAAACAGAAUCAAGUAAGAGAGACGAGACAGAUGAUAUUGUAGAAAUGAUCAAGGAAAGGAGAAAAAAUCGAGAAAACCAAGAGUCUUUGGAAGCUGUCGUACAUAACAUUGAUGUUGGCGAGCUAGAGUUUUUUAAUGACGAUCCUGCUAACUUUACAUCAAAUGGCACAGAUGUCGAUAUUAUGAACGAAUUUCUGACAACUUCAAACUUGAACUCAAAGGAUAACAGCUUCGUUAAGGAAAGCCCAAAAAAACCUGUCAUACCGCAACUUGCCCUGUCUACAGAAGUUUCCCAGUCGUAUACUUUGUCUCCUUCAAAACAAUUAACAGAAGUAGAGGUUAAAGGCUUGAAUGAAUCUCGUCACAAUCUUAAAGACGAAAGUUUAUCGCCCUCACACUUUAUUAAGGAGGACUCUGUUCCAUCACAUCAACAACCUGAAGAUGGUGGAGAGCAUAAGCAAGGAAAAGGCGAGAUCACCAUCGGUUCGAUCGCUUCCCUUCAGAGUGUUGUAAAUCCCCCUUCCAGCAGCGGUGUUUUAGGGUGGAGAAUUCAAGAUAAGCGAUGGAAGAUGUUCGCUGCACCACCCACGUUUAUGAUUCAUGAUGUUUUUAACACCCUUCAUUCAGAGCUGGACAAUGCUCAUCUUGCUUUAGGAAACCAUAUGUAUAACACUUAUCAAAAUGAGGGUAUCGGCUCUUUUUCCACACCUAUUUCAACACAACAAUUUGAAAGAAAGAUUAUUGGCUACAAUGAUAACUACAUACCACCGCAUAAGACUGUUCCUCAGGUCGAAUCUGGCAUGAGAACCAUGCCCGAUCAGUCACAAGAGCUUUAUACAAAGGUGAUUAAGCCAUUCAAAUUUAAGAAUUUGGAGGAUCUCUUUGUCAACCAAUUCGAAAUUAUUGGAGAAAAUGGCUUAAGACGGUUCGCUUUUCGUUACGACCUUAGCGGUAAUAUUAUGAGAUGUCUCAAAACGAGCCAAGCAUGGUUGCCUUUUCUUUCCAUGGAAGAAGAAUGUCUUCAAAAGAUUGUUCGAGGAAGUUACGUUUUUAAAAACACUCCUAAAGGACAAGUUCACAAGCGAUUUGCGUUUGUUGAUCCAAAGUCAAGAGAGCUCACUUGGUCAGAUUCGGAAACCAAGAAAAAGAGCUCUUCAAGCCAGCGUGCUUCAAGAAGAGUUAAACUCAAUGACAUUGUCUCCAUCAAAGUCUUAGAAAUGACAAAUGAACAAGCAAGAGCUAUGAAAAUUGCGAUAAUCCCUGAACUCAACAAACGAUUUUAUGGUGUUGUAAUCAUUUCAAGAACCAGAUCCGUUGAAUUUAUUCUAUAUGAAACCAGAAACUUUUGCUUCUCUUUAAUUACUGGACUAGCAUUAUGUGUACACAAAUCUUCCCAAAACGUACAGUAG